AUGGUGCCGAUGCUGAUGCUAGUACUUGGAGUAGUCGCGGCUACCGACAGAGACUUCACUGAUGUAGAGCAACUUCGGCUACCACGUCUGUUUCACUUGGAUAAUUACGAGCGAUGCCUGGCGCAGCGCGGCGGACAGUACUGCUUGGGCAGCUUCCGCGUGAGUGCAGACCAGGAAAACCCAAAAUAUGAAUUCAUUAAGGAAUACUCCUCCAGUCCACAUAACUUCGAUCGCACUCUGCUACAUCGCGGGUAUUGUGUAUCUUCGCGUUGCCCAUCAGAAGCCAACAUCACCCUUCGGUUUGAGCGCUGCAUACAACAACAUGUGCUGCCUCCUGGUUUCACUGCAGCCUUGCAAACUUAUUCAUGCGAAACAAACAGAGAAGUGGAUUUCAAAAUGGAUUUUCCACAGUUUGCGUUUCUGCUUGUGAUUGGAUUUAUUUUAUUCUUGAACUUGAUGGGCACGUUGUACGAUUUCUUAAUAGGAGGAGAAGCAAAGAACAAGUUACUGAUGUCAUGGUCAUUACGAGUAAAUUGGAAUCGUCUUACAAGCACGCAUGAUGAUGGAGACCCUCGAUUAACAGCAUUAGCGCCCAUACAGGGUGUCAGAGUUCUGCUGCUAGCACUUGUGAUGAUGACCCACGCUUCUGAAAUACAACAUAAGGUCUACCUCUACAAUCCUGAGUUUUUUGAGAAGGUGCUGACUUAUCCCAUCACAAUGUUAAUCAAGAACGGUUCGUCGAUAACUCAGAUCUUCAUCGUGUUAUCAAACUUUCUUUUCGGGUAUAGCCUUUUAAUAUACGCCAAAAACAAGCAACUAGGGUUGGCCCAGCUACCCGCCUGUAUAUUGCAUCGAAUUGCUAGGAUAACUCCAAUCCAUAUGUUAGUAGUAGGGUUCGCUGCAACAUGGUGGCAAGAGUCGGGUUCUGGACCGCAGUGGGCCGCCACCAUCGGAACAGAAAGCCAAAUUUGCCGCAAAAAGUUUUGGGCGCACUUUUUCUUCCUUCAUAACUUUAUAUAUAAAGACGAACAUUGCUUACUGCAAACAUGGUUUUUAGCAGUUGAUAUGCAAGUGUAUAUUGUGGCAUCAGCACUUAUGCUAUAUAUGAUACAGAACAAGAAGAGUCGAAUACAGAUAUUGACCUGCUUAUUUAUUCUGUCUUGCCUUUUAAAUGCAGGACUUGCAUAUAUAAAUGACUGGAAAUCGCUUCUAUACAUCAUGUUACCAGAGAACGUGCGCACCACUUUCCAUGGAAUCCCAUCGUUUAGUCAAUACUAUAUCUCUCCCUGGGGAAGCUUGCCAUCCUGUUUCAUAGGUCUCAUCACAGCCUGUGUACACUUCGAUAUGCAAGAAAACGGAUACAAGAUUGCCAAGCACAGAUGGUUCACGACGAUCUACCACAUGUCCAUUCCUCUCAUCGUGGUGUGUUUGUUGGCUGGAAACGUGAUGUUGGAACACACAUCUCGCGGAGCAGUUUCCUCUUUCCUCGCCGCUGAACGACCAACUGUCGCACUUCUCUCUGCCAUAUGUCUUCUGGGCAUUGCCAAUAAUGUAGAUAAUAUUUUCCGUCGAGUAAUGGGUUGGCGAGGCUGGACAGUGUUAGGACGUAUGUCGCUGUCGGUGUUGAUGCUGCAUUGGGUCAUAAACAUGAGACUCGUCGCUUCGAAACGAACGCUCUUGGAAGCUUCAGUUUUUACCAUUGCGGCUGACCUGUUAUCGACCAUAUGGUGGACGUACUGCGCUGCGCUGCCACUUACUCUUCUGGUUGAGGCGCCGCUGCAGCGAACGGUCAACACGCUGCUUUCCUAA